GCAGUGUUUGUCAGUCCUUCGUAUGGACAUCACGUUCGAUGAGACCGAUAGUACUCGCCGGUAUUGGCAUUCGUGUGUAUAUAUAUAUAUAUAUAUAUAUAUAUUAUAUACAUAUAUAUAUAUAAAAUCUAUAUAACGUUUUUGGCGGCAUCCAUCAUCGUUGAUAGCCACCAACGUCGAUCGUGUAACGUGAAUUCCGCUCCAUAAAUGAAUCCGCGGCACUUGUUGUCGCGAUUCUCGAUAUCGUCGUCGCCUCGUCACUUUGCCCGCGAGCGGACGAGCGACGACGUCGCGAGAUCUCAUCGGACAGCGGACGAGAUGUGAAGACGUCGCCUUGGAAGCGAUGUGGCUUCCGUUAGUGCUGCUCGCCUUGAUGGCGAGCGGUUCCGCCUGUCCGGACCUCUGCGAGUGCCAUCAUCAGCAGAAUGGUAUCGGGAAGAACGUCUUAUUCGCGCCGAUUUUAUUAUACGUGACGUGUCGCGGACGCGUACCCGCUCUAUCGGAAAUACCCGCGGGAGUGAGUAGUUUCUCGGUGAACGACGCCGAGGGAACGGACGUCGCUGUUCUCCUGGACGAGCUGGAGACCGCCGAUCUAGUGAACAAUCUCGGGAUGAUCGAUACUCCGGAUAAUGUGAAAGUGAACGAGACGUCGGGGACAAACGAUACAACGGCAGAAGCGCUGCCGUAUCUAAUCGAAUUCGCGGUGACAAAUUGUUCGUUGGUCGCGUUGAACACAUCGUGGCGCGGCCUCGAACGCUUGAGAUCGUUAAAUCUGUCGUGCAAUAAUUUGCCGCGAGUAACGGACACGCUGAUGAUUCACUCGAUGAAUCUGAGCGAACUGACAUGCCUCGAUUUAUCGGACAACUCGUUAUCGAAUAUCAGUGAAGGUUCCUUUAGGACGCUCAUCGGGCUCGUGCGCUUGAGUUUACGUAAAAACGCGAUCGGUGUAGUGGACGAGAAGGCGUUUCGCGGUUUGAACCGGCUGGAGUUUCUCGAUCUGUCGGACAACAGGUUGGCAGACUUGCCGGAUAGCGCGCUUACGCCGUUAUAUUCCCUGCAGAAACUCGAUCUGAGCGGAAACCAGUUACAAGUUUUAGGUGCCAGAUGGUUCGAAAGUCUCGACAGAUUGAGGGAACUCGACGUCUCGCGAAAUGGAUUGGCCAGAGCGGCCGCAGGAACGCUGCAACCGUUACCGGGACUAUCUGUUCUAAGACUCGCGGAAAAUCCACUAAAAGAGAGAGACGUGUCUCUAUUACUGGGCACCGGAAGAAGAUUGGAGACGGUGGACGCAUCUCGAACUGGCUUGGCGAGAGUUCCCGCCGCUCUAACGAGAUCAGUCAGGGCUCUCAGACUCGCUGGUAACAAGCUGACUACUAUUCGCAGCGGCGACUUGGAUAGUUAUCCUCUGCUACGUAUGCUGGAUAUCGCCGAUAAUCGUCUGACGGAUAUCGAAAACGACGCUUUGGGGCGAUUGGAGGUUUUAGAGGAGCUCGAUCUAUCUGGAAACGCACUUGCGAAAGUACCGGGAAGCUUGCCGAGCAGUCUCAGGAUGCUCAAGCUUGAAAGAAACGCGAUAACCGUGCUAAAGCUGGACGAUCUCGGUGGAUUGUAUAGCCUACGGUCGCUAACGUUGAACGAUAAUAAUAUUAGCGAGAUCGAAGUGGGCGCGCUCGGUCAACUGCCCCUGCUCGCCGAACUAGAUCUAUCCGAUAAUCCUAUCAAGGCGUUAUCAACUAACGCUCUAAGUGGGCCGAGUAAUCUGGCCAAGCUCCGAAUGUCGGGUUUAACGUCGCUUCAACGACACCAGGAAGAACAAAGUGAUAUGGCGUUCCCUGUACCGACCCCGGAGAGACUAAUAAUAUUAGACGUGUCGCGUAGUCCGGUUCUUGCGAAGCAAUUACUAGCGGAUGACGCUGCACUGUCCGCCUGCAAGAGCCUGAUAGAACUGAAUCUCUCGGAGACAAACAUCAGCACCGUUAGAUCGGAUCUCGCGUUUAUGUUGCCGCAGCUGCGCGUGCUUAGGCUCGGCAAGAACAACUGGAAUUGCACGGGGGAUCUCUACUGGUUGGGCGAAUGGAUUCGGCAGCACCGCGAAUCGAAUCAACAAUCGAGCCAGCCAGGGGCUCGAUGUUUCGGUCCGCGAAAAUUGGCGGGAUUAUUUUUGCACGAGCUGCCACCACCGCCGAAUUUCAUUUCCACGCCGAGCACCUCGAUUACCGUCUCUGUCGUCUCUGUCUUCACGCUCGAACAUACAUCGCAUACUGAUCAGUCAAACGUCACGGUCUCUCCCGAUAUCAAAGAUACGAAUUCUGAUCGCAAUAUCACGGAUCCUCCAGCGUUAUUUCCCGUAAACGCGAAAAUCGAAUCAAAAAUCGGAGCUUCGAACGUUCUCUUGUCCGCGAAAACCACCGCCACGACGAAAAUACCGAAAAAACCGCCGCGAAUCUACGAGGCGCCGACGUCCUUCCGUAACGUAACGUCGUCAAUCACGACGCGAACGAGCAGGGAACCGGGGCGAAAGAGCGAUAAAACAAAUCGUAUCUCGAUGGAUCAGAAUUUAAUCAAGCACGCCGUCAUCUCGUCGGCCUCUCGAGCCCCGCACGACCCCAAGCCAUCCAUUAUGGGGACGGAAGACGCGGAAUUGCGUCCGCAAACUUUCGAUAACCGGUCCGAUGGCGAGACGCGGAAAAACGAAACGAGCAAACUUGCCGCGUCAGGUGUCGGCGAGAUCCUUUCGUCGGCGCCGACUUCGCACGUGGGAGAGAAAACGAUCGAAAGGCACUCGGGCAGAAUCGAUAACUCGACAAAGGAUAGCGCGGACAAUUCGAAAACGAUAGCGGAGGAACUCAACAGCCGGGCCGAUUCGGCCGGUGCUAGGGUGUCCGAGGCUCUGUCCGCCGGUGCUCAUCCCGGGAUGUUGGUGCUGGUCGGCGCGGCCCUCAGCGCCGUCGCUGCUCUUACCAUCGUCCUUUCGCGAAGAGCGACCGUGCACCGGACCGACCGGUAUCAUCGUCACGAAAACAUCGAGGUGCACACUCUCACGCCUACCGCGGAGCUCUGGUGACCCGAGUCGGAAUACAUUCGUCUCUUUGAAAGGGACAGGCAAUUGGACAUCGAGAAUCAUCGCGACCGAGAAGCCGAGACAACGACGCCGCCUCAACAAUCACGAAGCAAGUCGCGGCUGAUCGACGUGUGUCUGAGAAAAAUGUUCAAGUAGCGAGCGCGAUAUAUCGCUGAUCAAAGGCGCGCAUCUUGUUAUUGUGACGAGAUCUAAAUGGAUCUGCCGAGCACGAUAACUGAAGUGUUAAUCAGAAAGUUGGAAGCAUCCCCCUGACUGCGGAAACCAUGGAGAAGGGAACGGGCGACUAAACGUCGAAGUUGGGAACGAGAUACUCCGAGCUAAUCCGUAUCGCUUCGGAAACCGCCAAUACGUUGCGGAUUAACGGAGCAAUAUCUUGCAAAAAUAACAAAUUAUUCAACUAUCGUUUGAAACUUUUGUAAAUAAUCAAGAGAAAAGGCAGACAACAUUAUCGAGAGACUAUUCAGAAUAUAAUUUUCAUAAAAUUAAGAAUUAAACAAAAAUAUUCAUAAUAUUAAAGAAAGAUGGAGAUAUAAAGGAAAAAAAUGUUACUUAUAAAAUUCGUUUUUUUUUUUUAAUCGUGUAUCCGUUAUCUUGCUUAUAUCGAGUUCUUUGCAAACCAUGAAUGAUUCACUCGGUAAAAUUGUUUCAAUCGAUCGAUAUUAUCAAUAUCGGUAUAUUUUAUCCGGUGAAAAUUAUCCGAGGAUAACAAACUCCAUCAACAACGGAGAUGCAGACGUCAAGCGUUGUAACCAAGACGUUAAAAGCACGAACGAGGAUGACCGCGCCAUUUCAUAUGGAUUUUGACGUAUACAAACACAUUCGGAGUUCUCUGUAACACACGUUGUCCAGCGAAAAAUAUAGGAUGCAUGCUACACACCAAAAAGUCGGGGAAAAAGCUGCGUGCGAAAAGUUCGACACAAUUUCGAAUCGUACAUCGCGGCCGAUCGAUGUCGCGCGAGAUCUUGAUAUAAUAAACGCCAAUUAUAAAAAGAGACGCACAAAAUGAAAAUAGCUAAAUGAGGUAAGAGAAGUCUAAUCUAUCUGCCAAAUUCGCGACAUUAGUGCUUGAUAUUUUCUGACCUCUUCGUCAUCGCAGACGUAUCAUAAUCGAGUGGCAAUAUUCGCGAACAAGCGGGCUUACCGAUUUAACUAAUUGGCUGGGAGCAGACCGAUAAAUUGGACAUAGUGACAAUAAUAAUGGUUACAUGCCGCGUUUCAAGAGUUUGAUUCUUUGCGGUACGCUCAAUUUCUGAGAAGACUAUAUUGUGACUGAAAUAAAGUGCGAGAGUGUAAUAAAAGUAGGAAGAGAGCAUAAGGCUAGCAAAAGAAUAGAAAAACGUGAACGUGGUAGAGAAACAGGUAGGACAGCGCCAAAUUAAUGCAGAAUGUAGGAAACGGUGGGAGGGUAAAAGGGAAUGGAGAAGGAUGCGAAAAAUUUGCGGUGGCAAAUAGUAUGCUUGAACGAUAAAAUUAGACACCGAAACCGAGAACGAAACUGUUAAGCGGAAGAACUUUUAUCGAACGGCGUGUGCGUGUGCGAAAAAUUAAGUGUGUAAGAGAAAAUGCGAGAGAAAAAGAAAGAAGGCUAAUCCGGAAAACUAUUCUCGAAUGCAGUAAAACGGAUGUACAGAAAUAUUGCUUCCAUACUUAAUUCCACUAAGCUUGGUGAGCCGUCAAGACUUCUUAACAAAUACAAAAACGAGAGAGAGAAUGCAUGCGAGAAACAGAGUGAGUGAGAGGGAGAG